AUGUUACCAAUAGAAUCGCGGCUUGGCUCUUUGGACGACUACUGGAUACGCUUCAACACAAUCACCAUUCCUCUCCAGGACAGGGAAUUGUAUUUUAAGCACGCUCUCAUCGCCGCUCAAACGGCCGAGCACCAUGACCAGCUCGAGGAGAUUCUCGCGGCCCAGUACGAGAAACGCUUUGAGGAGCUCUCGGUCGCUGCUCGAGGAAUGAUGUAG